AUGUUGGUUACCGAAGUGCGAUUACCCAUUUGGUGGGAAUUACCUUGCUAUGUGACCUGCAGUCUAGCUAUCAUUAUAUCGUUAUACGGAAUCCUUAGACAAUGGGUCAAUUAUAGACGUCCCUUUGAACAGCGCUUAGUUGUAAGAAUUUUAUUACUAGUACCAUUAUUUAGUAUAGGUUGUGGGGUUGCCAUAAAAUGGCCAAAUGUUUCUCAAGUCUAUUUAGAUCCAUUACGUGAAUUCUACGAAGCAUUUGUCAUUUAUACUUUUUUCUCUUUACUUACAUUAUUAUUAGGUGGAGAAAGACAUAUUAUUACGUCAUUGACCAUUGAUCAUUCACCCACUAAACAUGCUUUACAUUGGUUAGGUACAUUAGACCUUUCAGAUCCUGGUGAUUUUUUAUCAUUAAAACGUGGUAUAUUACAAUAUGUUUGGUUUAAACCAUUUUAUUGUUUCAUGUUAUUAGUAUGCGAAACUAAAAAAUGGGAUACAGUUCAAUUUUGGCUUCUGAUAUUAUAUAAUAUCUCUGUAUCAUGGUCACUUUAUAACUUGGCAAUGUUUUGGAAAUGCCUUCAUAAAGAACUUUCACCAUUCGAUCCUUGGUCUAAAUUCUUAUGUGUGAAAUUAAUUAUUUUUGCUUCUUAUUGGCAAGGUCUUAUUAUCCAUACUUUAGGUAUUCUUGGAUUAUUUGGUACAGAACCUCAUCUUAAAGGCUAUUUAUAUGAAAAUGGAAUACUUUGUAUUGAAAUGCUAGCAUUUGCCAUAUUACACCAACAAGCUUUUCCUUGGACACCAUAUUCACGUAUGGGGAUCCCUAGCGGCGCAAGAAUGAAAUUAUUAUAUGCCAUAAAGGAUUGUUUUGGUGGUGGUGAUCUUCUUUGGGAUUUUAAACAGACGUUAUUAAUUGGUCAUACAUAUUAUAAUUACAGAAAUUUCGAUACUUCUUCACAGAUUCUAUUAAAUAAAAAGAAAAAUAUACGGAAUACUAUGAAUAAACUUGGUGAAGGUUAUAGGUAUAGUUCUCAAAAUGAAAAUAGUUACUGGGUCAGUUACGGAAGUAUACCUAGAAAUCAACUCGACGUUGCCUCUUCGGUUGUAACAUCCAAAAAUAGUGAUGAAGAAUGGGAUACCACUCUAUGUGAAGUACCAAGGCAAACAUUACACGAGGACCCUAAUUACCCAGUCAUAUGGGACCCCGAAGGUUAUCGAUACACUACAAAUAUCACAAAACUGAAACGAGAUAUAGAAAGCCGUGGAACUUCUAUAUAA